AUGGCCUCAUUUAUUGCAACAAUUAUCGACGAGGACAAAGGAGUUGAUUCUUCUGAUCCUUUCGAACCUAAAGAAACGGUCUUAGAAUUUGCUUUACCUUCUACUUCCACGAGCGUCAUUAACAAUAAUAGCGACAAUAACAACAAUAGUAAACUUUUUGAUAAUGUUGCCCAAACUUCAGCAUUACAUAGAAAUAACUCAGAAUUAUCAUUAAGAAUUCACGCUGCUACACCGCCGCCCUCCCAAUCAGUAGUAAAUAGCUCAAAUACAUUGUUGGCUCGUAGCCCGUCUCUCGACCCAUCAUAUCUUCAAACUAGAAGGAAGUCAGAUGAAGAAAUAAAGAAAAAAGGAAAAAAAGUGCAAGCAUUUUAUCGAGAUCAAAAUGAUCUCAUCGAUAAUUUGAUUACACCCAUCAAUAGUUUAGAGCAACGUGAGCCAUAUAAUUUAAAGGUCAAAAUAGCAGUCAAUGGAUCCAUGCUUGUCAAUAUUCUUCUUUUCGGCCUUCAAUUAUAUGCUGCCAUCGUAUCUUCCUCAUUAUCCCUAUUUGCUACGAUGGCUGAUUCAUUUAUGGACAUUUUGUCUAAUGGUACUCUGGUAUAUACGACACGAGCAGCGAGUAAAAAAGAUCUUGUCAACUAUCCAAGUGGAAAAGCUAGAAUGGAGACUACCGGAAUCAUCAUCUUCUCUACCCUUAUGAGCACAUUGUCACUUCAGAUUAUUAUUGAAUCAAUCAAAUCGUUAACUGGUGCUACACAUACAAGACCACAUUUAACUUUUUGGCCCAUUCUUUGCGUCGCUGUUGCGUUAGGAGCAAAAUUUUGUUUAUUCCUUUAUUGUUACACUUGCAGAAAAUAUCCGUCAGCUGCAAUCCUUAUGUUGGACCAUAGAAAUGACAUGAUUAUAAAUUCGUUUGGCCUGACAAUGUCUCUGUUAGGUGAUUAUAUCGUAUGGUGGCUUGAUUCAGUUGGUGCUAUUCUAGUAGCGAUUGUAAUUCUGCGGAGUUGGGUUUCAACUGCGAGAGAACAUGUUCAAAUGCUCGUAGGAAAAAGCGCAGAUCCAGCAGUAUUGCAACAUUUAACAUACAUUGCUCUCACGCACAACGAAAAAAUCUUGCAGGUUGAUACAUGCCGUGCCUAUCACGCCGGAAACAACAUCAUUGUCGAAGUUGACAUUGUGAUGGAUCGUAAUAUGCCACUUUGGGAAUGUCACGAUAUCAGCGAAAGCUUACAAGAGAAACUGGAAAGUUUGCCAAAUGUUGACCGUGCUUUCGUGCACGUUGACUAUGAGACUAGUCAUAAACCUGAACACCAAAAACAUCAAAAGAGUGAUUGA